AUGGUGGGAUUCCUGCUCGCUCGCGGGGCCGACGUCAAUGCGGCAGCCGGGAGGUACGGGAAUGCGCUGCAUUUAGCAGUGCGAGGAGGACACAUAGUGGUCGUCGAGUCCUUAUUGGACAGUGGUGCCGACGUCGACGCAAAGGGAGGGCUCUGCGGGAAUGCACUCUGCGCGGCUGCAUGGAGACGCAAUCUGAAGAUGGCGCCGCUAUUGAUCUCAAGGAAAGCCCGCUUGGACAUUGUCGACCGGCUCCUUGAUGGCACUCCCUACCUCGGGCUUCUGGAAAAUGACAUUGAGGUGAUUGGGAGACUGGAGACCGACCCGCAUAUACGGGAGACAUUGGGGAAGGUUUUCGGAGAACAAUUCCAAGAUGAUGCCGCAGUUAUCGAGAUGGUGCUUGCUAACAGCUUCGAAGCUGAUGCCCUGCAGAUAGCGACGAGGAGAGGGUGUGCGGAAAUUGUGGAGUUGCUGAUCCAGAGCGGAGCGGAUGUCAAUAGGCAAGCUGGGCAGCUCGAAAAUGCGUUGCAGGUCGCUGCCAGGCGGCGCCAGGUUGAAGUGGCGCAGAUACUGCUUGCUCAAGGUGCUGACGUUAAUGGCGAUGUGGGUACUUUGGUAAUGCGUUACAGGCUGCGUGUUGGACGGGAUGCACUGAAAUGGUAA